CUCUCUCUCCCUCCCUUGUGCGCGGGGGAAGAGUAUAAUACGAGCGCGUACCAGCUCGAAUGUAACCCCACAUAUUUCAUGGGCGCUUUAAUAAUUGCGGAAUGCAUUUUCGGUUCGAACGCGAGCGCGCGCGCGCGCGCGCGUUUCAAAGAGCGCGCCCCUCGCGACGCUUCGAAGUUGCCGAGCGGCGCGGGGAUUUCCCCGGCCUCGCUCGAUGAAGGUAACGUUCUGCGUAUCGCGUUGUUCAAAUAGCUGAUUAAUCAAGAUGCAUUAAUACGUGCUAAUAAUUUUCCGCCUCGACACGCGGAAACGUUGCGUUAGCAUUCGGCAAAAAAGCGCCGCUUAAUGCCGCGAAAUUAAUGGAUGGAUCGGGGGCGGGACGGGACGGGAUUGAAGCGCGCGCUGUGCGACGUGCGGAAGUCACGCUCGGUGAAUUAUGGCCGCGUAACGACGUAUAAUGGAUAAAAUUUAAUGAAUUUCGGGCGGGAGGGAAUUAUCCGUCGAUAGCUGCGCUUGCGUGCGCGCGCGCGUGCGUGCGUGCGUGCGUGCGUGCCUGCGUGUGCAGGAAGUAAGCCGCUUCCGCUCUCUGCAGAAUUCGCUCCUACGGUUAAACCCACCCCUUCCCCCUUUUCUCCGUGUCUCUCUUGUUACAGCGGGCGUUGCAUAUUUUACGCGCGCGUUUGCGCCUCGAGCCGGCGGUCCGCGGUUCGAAGCGAGCGAAAAUUAGUCGGCGUUUCAUGACGGUUACGUCCUCCGAAUCUCGAGUGUGCUUUCAAAAUUUCUUGAACGUUCUGAUUUUUCAACAGGACGUUUACGGACAGGAUACGGGGGAAUAUUUUCUCGGAGAAGAAUCUCCAGCUCCUGGAAAAGCGAGGUGGCAAGCAGUCGCUCGAGUUGGAGCGAUUGUUCGCUCACACGGCAGCGAAAUUCUGCGCUUUGAGUCGUCGAACGAACGCUCUCAGUCGGAACUGAACAGUGACUCUGAUGUAUCCGCCAGCGUCGGAUGAACAAAUUCGCUCUGAUUGAUUGAUACGCUCGCUCGCGCGCAACCAGAAUUCGCCUCGAGCCCGAGCGCGCGACAUUCUUACGAGUCUGGCGAUUGGGAUUUCGCCUCGAGACGUUUCGGGGGUGAAACUCGAGUUUAUCCGGUGGUUGCGCUUAAAGACCGGCACCCUCGGGAGGUCAUGUCGGAGCGCGUUGUAAGGGACGAAUCGCGACGGUCGAUGGUACACGCGCAGUUUCGACACGCGACGCGUUCACUCGAAGUAGAUCAGUUCCGUCUGUCCACGCUGAGAAGCUUCAAGCGUCGUACUUUAUUGGCCAAGCAGCUCGCGUUCGAUCAGGUAUGUGUCACCCCCGACGAGGGUGUUCUCGGGCCGGAGGAGGUGCCCUGCGAGGAUCGGGAUCCUGCGGGAAGCCUCCGGAUCUUGAAGGAUCACGCUGACGAGCCGGAGCUCUGCGAGGUCGACGACGAGACAGCAUCGCCGAGACAGUCUGCCGUCGGCGAUAAAACCGGAAUUGAGAUCGCAUCGAUUGAUCGCCAGGUCGCCGUCGCCGGGGGAGAUAGCGAGUCAACGGCCGCAGCAGACGUCGGGAAGCCUUCGACCACCGAUCACGACGACGCUCGCGAGAGUCCCUCGGAAUGCAACGUCGACGCGACCGAUGCCCCGAAGAGUAGCGAUCGCGCAUUCGAGUUGAGCUGGGAAGGCGAAGCGGAAGCGGUCGACUACGAGACCGUUUGGACCGACCUCGAGAGCUCAGCAAAGUCCUGCGAAUGCAGACUCGACGAGCUCGAGAGCGACCAAGCGCCGCCGCCGCCGCUGCCGCUGUUCGAUGAUCCUCUGCCAGGCUUCCUGCGGAGGAUGCGAGCUGAGGUGGACGCGGGUCGUCUGGAAACGAUCUUCCGCUUGCCCGGAAUCGGUUCGCCGGUCUCGCCGGAACGUGUAACGGCCGUCGGACUGUGGCUGGCCGACUGCGCCCGUCGGCAGCAGGGUCUGGUCGGCCCGCGGAACAUCCGGCAUUUUCUCUGCCCGAAGCUGCACGACUUCGCGGACUGCGACUGCCCGUGACGAACACCUCGCCGCGAACACGCCGCGUCUCCGUCCGAACGAGAGACGAUCGAGAAGAGAGGUCGUUUCGAUCGUUUCUCUUCGCGGAAGCAACCCGCGCUCAGCCGCGGUUGCCGCGCUCGCGCGCGCCUGCCGAUGCGAGCCGGGUCUGGCAUUUUUUUCUCUCCUCUUUUUCAGAACAGCUGCAAAUAAAUGUUCAUAUCCAGGUUGGAACACGCGCGACGGGAGAAGCGGAACGUGUCCCGCGCACUCGCGAAAUAAAUGCGCGUCCACGCGUCGACACGUCGACGCGACGCUCGAGAAGGUACACCGGGGAAGCGUAGCGAGAGAGCCGUUCCCUCUCUCGUCGAGAUUCGCGACGGCCUCGGAUGUGAAUUAAUUCGCACGUUCGCCGUGUCGCGUUUUAUUACAUAUACAUGUGAAACAGUCCGACCUUGCACUACGCGCCUUUAAUUUACGACUGUGUGCUACACGUACCUCGCUCACACACGUAGCUCGCGUGGGCGAUUAUUGGGGCGAUGCAUAAUAAUAAUAAUAAUAAUAACAACAACAAUAACAACAACAACAACAAU